AUGAUGAAGAUCUUCACCGCCGUCGUCGUUGCCACUGCUAUCGCAGGUCAAAAUGCCGCCAUUGCGCAGACAACAACUACCAACAACGACGAAGCGAUGGGUCCAGCUCCAGCUACUGGAACUGAAACGACGGGAUCAGCCCCAGCUACUGGAACCGAACCGAUGACAUCAAACGGGGAAGCAAUGACCUCGAACGAAGACCCGAUGACCUCGAACGAAGACCCGAUGGCCUCUAACGAAGACCCGAUGGCAUCGAACGAAGAGAUGAUGACAUCGAACGAAGGAACGAUGGCUGCAGCUCCAGCUCCUGGAAAUGAAAUGAGGAUGGACGGCAUGACGACAUCAAGUGAUCCGAGCACCACCAACGGCGACGGCACGAUGGCCGACGGCGAAGCCAUGGACGGCUGGAGUGGUGGUGAGACAAUCGACCAAGAGGUUGACGUGCUUGUUUUGACAGGCAGCAUGGAAGAAGCGGGGUCCGCUGGAAGUGAGCCCUCUGGUAGCGGCUCUGGAAACGACACCACCACCGUCGGUGACGAGUCCUCGAGCUCUAGUACCAGCGGAGCGGUCAGCAUCCAGUCGGCCGCGCUGACGGCGUCGACUGUCGUGGUCGGCCUUGGUACUGCUUUCUUCUUCUUCUUCUUCUAA